AUUGUUUUUAAUUUUAAUUGGUCGUUUUCUAAGAAGGUAUUGUAUGGAUUGUACGUAAUAAUAACAAACAAAGACGUUCCAUCUUAUCGACGGUUUUGCAUUGUAAAAGUAAAAACAACCAAACUUGAAUAAUUUUCUCAUAUUGAGUCUAUAAUUAGGUAAUACUGAUAGGGGACCUUUAUGCAAUCAAAAGCAACCGAAAGAUGUUAUUACGUUCCCAUUCCCUUGUAGUCCAUCCAAACCCAUUUCAAGUUCGUCUUGUCGGUGGGUCUAACGAUGCUGAAGGCAGAGUAGAGGUACUGCAUGAAGGAUCCUGGGGAACUAUCUGUCAUGACUGGUGGGAUCUGAGAGACGCGAUGGUGGUUUGUAGAAUGCUGGGUUUUGAUGGAGCCUUGGACGCACCAGGAUUUGCUAGGUUUGGUCAAGGAUCUGGUCGUAUUCUUCUAGAUAGGGUAAACUGUGAUGGAACAGAAGACAACCUCGCAGAAUGUGGUUAUUCCGGGAAUGCACGUUACUCAUGCAGUCAUGCGAGUGAUGCAGGUGUCAUUUGUUACUCAGGAAGUAUGAUUGAUUAUUUAUUUACAAUUUUUUUCAUUGAGAACCAACAUCAGAAUAGUUUUUGGUUAUGAAUUUAAGAAAUCGCCCGUUUAUCUCCUAAUGAAUUUAUUUAUAACUAACAAACUACUAUUUUUUAAGAAACCGAAUCUUCCACAAAAUCGAAAAUUAUUAUGUUUAAUACAAUUUGCUUGAAUUGGUCAUUUUGUAAGGAGGCAGGUAUUGCAAUGGAUUGUACAUAAUAUGUCUAAGGUGCCCAUAAAAAAAUAUAAAACUACGUCUUAUCAACGGUUUCGCAUGGUAUGAGCAAUAACGACCAAAAAUCAGAAUAAUGUUCUCAUUGUAUAAAAUACACGUUGUCGUAUGUUUACCUAUUUCUACACGUAGUUGUAUUAAGGUUAAAUUCCGUUUUUCCUUCUCGUCUACACUCAAUAUUGGGUUUAUUCGUAGGUAGUACUGAUAUGAUACCUAAAGCAAUAACAAAAAAUUUAAAAAGAUGACCCGAUUAAUUCAAAUUGCCCUCAUUCAUUCUCAUCCAACGUAUGUUGAAAUUUUGUGAUGACUCAUCUUUUACAAAAAUGAUCACGCUCUUAUUUUCUUGUAGUCCAUCCAAAUCCAUUACAAGUUCGUCUUGUCGGUGGGUCUAACGAUGCUGAAGGCAGAGUAGAGGUACUGUACGAUACAUCCUGGAGAACUAUCUGUGACGACAGCUGGGAUCUGAGAGACGCGAGGGUAGUUUGUAGGAUGCUGGGGUUUGACGGAGCCUCGGACGCACCAAGAUCUGCUAGGUUUGGUCAGGGCUCUGGUCGUAUUAUUAUUGAUGUCGUCGGGUGCGACGGUACAGAACUAAACGUAGCAGAAUGUAUUCAACGAGGGGUUGGAGUACAUUACUGUGGACAUGAUGAAGAUGCGGGCGCUAUUUGUUACAAUGGAGCACAUCCGAAUCCUUUCGAAAUAAGGCUCGUCGAUGGAUCCAGCAGUGCUGAAGGCAGAGUUGAGGUUUUGUACGAUGGAUCCUGGGGAACCAUCUGUGAUAAUGGCUGGGAUCUCAGAGAUGCGAGGGUCGUCUGCAAAAUGCUGGGGUUCGAUGGAGCCUUGGACGCACCGAAUUCUGCGAGGUUCGGUCAGGGAUCUGAGGAUAUACUUCUAGAUUUUGUCGGUUGUGAUGGAACGGAAGAAAAUCUAGCGGACUGUGCAUAUCUUUUGAUAGGCGUCCAUUACUACGGACAUGGACAGGCUGUUGGUGCUAUCUGUUCCUCAGGAGCCCAUCCAAACUCUGUUGGAGUACGGCUCGUGGGUGGAUCCGAUAGUUCUGAAGGCAGAGUGGAGAUCAGAUACAACGGCACAUGGGGAACAGUUUGCAACAAUGGCUGGGAUUUGCAAGAUGCAAAGGUCGUAUGCAGAAUGCUAGGAUUUGGUGAUGCCUCAACUGCACCAGUUUCAUCCCAGUUUGGUGAGGGGUCCGAUGACAUUCUCCUGUCUCAUGUCGGGUGUGAUGGAACGGAAGACAAUCUUGCGGACUGCGUAAAUCUAGGGUUUGGAGUGCACAACUGCCGACAUAUCGAAGACGCUGGGGUCACGUGCCUCUUAGGAGUUCGACUUGUCGGUGGAGCCUAUGAAUAUGAAGGAAGAGUUGAGAUACUACACGAAGGAUCUUGGGGGACUAUAUGCGACGAUUUAUGGGACCUGGAUGACGCUAAGGUUGUGUGUAGACAGUUAGGAUUUGAUGGUGCUGUGGCUGCUUUACCCCAAGCACGAUUUGGCCAAGGUUCUGGGGAUAUCUUUCUGGAUAGUGUUCAGUGCAAUGGGACAGAAACCAGCAUCAGAGACUGCAAGCAUAAAGGGAUUGGAGUCCAUGAUUGCGUACACAAAGAAGAUGCCAGCGUCUCAUGCAUGCAUGCAGCUCAUCUAGAUUUGACUUCCUAUUCCAAUUUUGAAGCAUCUGGUGUAACAACACGUAGGCCUACUACAGACGAUCUGGCCUCAGCAGCUAACGACACUACAGUAGUUGCGUUAAGUAACUAUAAUUCAACACCAAUUCUAAUGUCAAAUCUUACGUUGAUACUUGUACCUUGCGUUUUGCUCUUCAGCAUCAUUCUGGUAUCGUCCUGCGCGUGCUGUCUUUGUAUAAUUCGAAAAAGAAGGGUUGCGAAAGAUGUAAACGACCAUAUCUAUAUGGACGUAACGAAUAUCGUAUCAAAGCACUCUCUGUCGGCUGAUUCAGCUUACCAAGAUUUGAACACUCCACCUCGUUUACCGGAUAGACAAAAGACCGUGUGUGCUUCAUCACGAUUAUGAAUCAAAUAUAGCAGCUGAUGGUGACGAUGGAGGUGAUCUGAAUCUCUCGCAAUUCAAAAAAAAAAAAAAAAGGAAUAUAAACAAUGACAUCGAUAACGUUUAUGAAACACCCGACAAUGAAAAGGACUUAGAUCCCGAUGUAUAUAUCCUUCCGACCAGGAAAUCAUUAUCGGAUGAGUACAUCGACAUGACAACUGUUUACCAAACGCCCUUUAGCGGAGAAAGAUGAAGACAUUGAUGGAUAUUUUCUCCCGUGACAGGACAUAUCCGAAACCGACGAGAGUGAAAACUGUGGGAAAAAAAACCAUGGUGCAAAUUAACUAAAAAUGCACCUCUAACAACUGCUGAAGUUUCCAGGGUUUGAAAUGAAAGACUGCAUGGAGGCUGCGGUGAAACACAAUAUGGCACAGGUUGAGGUAAAAUAUACAUAAAAUAAACUAAAGAAUUAGACACUUAGUAGUACGAGUUAAGUUGUUACUAAUGCACCUAUCUGUACUGCACUUAUCCUUCAUUUGUAAUGAUGUACAAAAGUAAGAGGAACAUAAAAAUGCGAAUUAGAGCUAUAUUUUAAUGGUAUCAAAUCACCACGAUCGAAAAGGAUUUUUCCCGCUCCAGUACGCUGAAAACUGAAAGAUAUGUCAAAUUUAAUUAUAAAUGGAGGUCAUAGGUUCUGCAAUUAAAUUAUAAUGCCUCCUUAGUUCA